UUGCUCCGCGCGCCGCCGUUUCCGACGUCGUCCGGAAGUCGGUGCUGGUCCUGUCAGUACCGGGCCCUUCGCGUUCCGUGUCUUCCUGCUGUUCCUCGUUAGGCGACCCCGGGCCUCGCCGCCGGCUCCCCGGAAGUUCCUCGCUCUAGGCUCUGGCGCGAGUGCCCUCCGUUUCCCCACGGAGCUCACGUGCGGCCCAUGGCGGGGGCCGCUCCGACCACGGCCUUUGGGCAGGCGGUCAUCGGCCCGCCGGGCUCGGGGAAGACCACGUACUGCCUGGGCAUGAGUGAGUUCUUGCGCGCGCUGGGCCGGCGCGUGGCGGUGGUGAACCUGGACCCGGCCAACGAGGGGCUGCCGUACGAGUGCGCCGUGGACGUGGGCGAGCUGGUGGGGCUGGGCGACGUGAUGGACGCGUUGCGGCUGGGGCCCAAUGGCGGCCUGCUCUACUGCAUGGAGUACCUGGAGGCCAACCUGGACUGGCUGCGAGCAAAGCUCGACCCCCUCCGCGGCCACUACUUCCUCUUCGACUGCCCAGGCCAGGUGGAGCUCUGCACGCAUCACGGCGCCCUGCGCAACAUCUUCUCCCAGAUGGCACAGUGGGACCUCAGGCUGACUGCUGUCCACCUUGUGGAUUCUCACUACUGCACAGACCCAGCCAAGUUCAUUUCGGUACUAUGUACCUCCCUGGCCACCAUGCUGCACGUGGAGCUGCCCCACGUCAACCUCCUCUCCAAGAUGGACCUCAUUGAGCACUAUGGGAAGCUGGCCUUCAAUUUGGACUACUACACAGAGGUCCUGGACCUCUCCUACCUGCUUGACCACCUGGCUUCUGACCCUUUCUUCCGCCACUACCGUCAGCUCAAUGAGAAACUGGUGCAGCUCAUCGAAGACUACAGCCUGGUUUCCUUCAUCCCUCUCAACAUCCAGGACAAGGAGAGUAUCCAGCGGGUCCUGCAGGCUGUGGAUAAAGCCAACGGCUACUGCUUCGGGGUCCAAGAGCAGCGAAGCCUGGAGGCCAUGAUGUCUGCUGCAGUGGGAGCUGACUUCCAUUUCUCCUCCACCCUCGGCAUCCAGGAGAAGUACCUGGCACCCUCAGACCAAUCAGUGGAGCAGGAAGCCAUGCAGCUGUAGCAACAAGCUGGGCUCUGGAGAACAGACGCAUAACCCGGCCCUGGGGAAAGUGGCAGCUCCCAGUGAGCAGCAGACAGCUCAGCAGGCUGCAGAUCCAAGAGCAGCCCUCCCAGCCAGAAUUGGGCGGCUGGCGAGGGGACUCUCAGCCCUACAAAGGAUUUCUGGCCAAAAGCCAGACAUGGCACCAAGCAGAGCACCCUCUACACCCUCAGUGCUCAUGAGCUCUGGGUGCUACUGCCAGGAAUUCAGCACUGGCCCCACUCGGGUUAUGAUGGAAUGUGCUAUAAUACAAGAGUCUAUUUUCUACUUUUUGUGGCUUCCAAACUUUCUUCAACCAUCCAGGCCAGGGAGUUGGGGCAGAACAAGGAAAUGUCACCUUCCUUCAGAAGAAUCCUAUUUCUUCAGACUGGGCAGUGUUUCCCCCAAAGCACAGGAUCAUACUAGAGGACCAUGCUCAGUUCCACUCGUGUGCUUUUGUUAAUCUUCAGUUUUAACGGUAAACCUCAAGCUUGAGUUUUCACAGGCACUACUUCCCAGCUAGAUCUUAAUAACAUUUUAUUUUCAUGUAUUUAUUUCACAGAUUUAUUCUACUUUUGGCAACUGUUAAUUUAUUUUCCAUUUAUAGUAGUGAUUGAGUUUACUUGAAAAAUGAAGUCAUUUAUACAAAGUGAGUUGUUUAAAGAAAAAUAUUAAGCAUAUAAUAUGACAUCAUGAGGGGGUGUGGCAAAAAUCCAGAUGGCUUGAAGAUGGCAAAUGCUGACUGGUGUACGCUUCCUAUGCUCUUCUUGCAACUGGUUGGAUGUAAUUUGUAUUUUCAACCAGUAGGUGGCGUCUCAGGCUUAUUUGUUGGCAGUUGUAACCUAGAGGCAGAAGGGGACAGGUGGCAGUUGUGCCACAAGGCUGAUUUGCAGACACUGGGUCCUGUUAACACACGCAAAGGGCUUGGCAUUUUACAAAGUGCUUCCACACACAUGGUCCUCGUGGUUCUGACAGCAACUCCUAGAGAUGCAGACAAGAUGGGGAAGAUUACCAAGCCCCGCUUUACAUGAGGAGACAGAAAGAUGAAGAGUUGGAACUUCGGUCAGCCUGACUCUCUCAUAGUCCACUUGGCUGACUUAUUAAUGAUGAAUACUUAAUGGUGAAAAGUCCCGGCCCUUCUCCCACAGGAUUUAUAGCCAAUCAGAAGAAAGAAUUUAGACACCUGUCGAGUACUACUGAAUCAUAAAUCAAGGGCAGGUAGGUCACUGGUGGUUUGGGCAGUUGGAGAAUUCAUUUUAGGAAAAUCUGUUCUGAAGUGGCAUUGAGAUGGGGGUGACUGAGGUUUGCUUUCCAGUUUUGGCAGCCAGAGCAGAAGCAGGAAGAGUGAGGGGCUGUAAGGAGGCUCCUGUGGCUGCAACAGUAUGAAAGCAGCCAACCUCCGCUCCCACGCUUGGCCAUAGAGGGGAUAAUAACUGGGUGCUGUUUCUUCAGCCUCUUUCAUCUAAAGAGUUCAAACAACCUCACCCCUAUUAACACCCUGCACAGUAGGUGGAGAGUAUCAACAGAGCAAGCCAGGGAAACUGAGGCCAGGAGGCACAGCCUGGGGCUGCCUGAGUCACCUGUGGGGCCUGGAGCCCAGGAAUCCUGACACCCAGGCUGCUGGACAAAUCCCUCAUCAGUUAGGGCAUGAAGGUGAGUGGUGUGUUUUUGAAAAUAGUACCAAGAGCUGUGGUCAUGAGUUUGAUGCUAACGCCAUCACAGAGGCCUCAGCUCUCACCAAAGCAAACCAGUUGGAAGGAAGG